AUGGCAAAACUUAAAGGAAAAGCCUUGUUUGCAGCAUCAACCCUGUUGGCUGCCAUUGGAUUUUUGCUCUUUGGUUACGAUCAAGGUGUAAUGUCUGGUGUGGUGUCAAAUCAACGGUUUAAAGAUACCAUGGGUAACCCGGACUCAGCUCUGAUGGGUGCUAUUGUUGCUCUUUAUGAAAUCGGUUGUAUGGCAGGCGCUCUUUCGACAGGUCGAAUUGGUGACUGGCUUGGCCGUCGCAAGACAAUUCGUCUCGGAUGUGUUAUUCUGAUCGUCGGUGCCGUCUUGCAGACUGCUGCAGUAAACUCUGCCAUGAUGAUCGUUGCUCGCAUAGUCACAGGUGUCGGAAACGGCAUGAACACCGCAACCAUUCCUGUCUACCAGGCCGAACUGUCUCCCCCAAAGUCUCGCGGAACCCACGUUGCAUUCGAGGCAUCUCUGUUGGCCGUCGGUGUUGCGAUUGCCUACUGGAUCGAAUACGGUCUCUUCUUUGUCGACGGCGAGGUAGCCUGGCGCUUUCCUCUAGCCUUCCAGAUGUUCUUUGCCAUCAUCCUUUGCGUCGCCUCCUUUGUCCUGCCUGAAUCCCCACGCUGGCUCCAGUCCCACGGCUACGAAGAAGAAUGUAAAGUUGUCCUGGCCCGUCUCUGGACUGACGAAGACGUCUCACAUCCUCGCUGCAUCGCCGAAUGGGAAGAAAUCCGAGACGGCAUCGAACUCGAACGCCGUGAGGGUGUCUCGUCUUACAAGGAACUCUUCAAAAAAGGCAGACUCAACAACCGCUACCGUGUCUUGCUUGGCAUGGGUGGUCAGCUAAUCCAGCAAUUCGGUGGUAUCAAUGUCAUCAGUUACUACCUCACAGAUGUGUUUAUCCAGGCCGGCAUGACUACCGAAAUGGCAAUGCUGAUGACUGGUAUCGAUGGUAUCGUCUACUUCCUCGGUGCCUGCACUCCAAUCUACACCAUCGAUCGCCUGGGCCGUCGCAAACUGAUGUACCUCGGAUUGAUCGGACAGGCCGCAACUCUGCUGAUUGUCGGUGGCUGCCAGUACCUGGUUGAGAACGGAAACACCAAUGCGUCGCCUGGUGUGAUCGCAUUCGUGAUGAUUUACAACUUUGUGUUUGGUGCAGCCUGGCUGGGUCUUGCCUGGCUCUAUCCCUCGGAGAUCUUUACGACCGGCCUGCGUGCCAAGGGUAACUCGAUGUCGACUGCAGCCAACUGGCUUGGUAACUUUGUUGUGGCCAUGAUUGCCCCGGUUCUGUUCGAGUAUGCGAAAUACUGGACCUUUUUGAUGUUUGGUAUCCUCAACGUCGUGUUCCUGAUCCCUAUCUAUCUCUGGUACCCCGAAACAAAGGGCAAGUCUCUCGAGGAAAUCGAAGUCCUUUUCUCGUCCGAAGAAGUCCAGGAGGAUUCCAGAUCUCUGUCGCACAUCGGCUCUGUAUCAGCAUAUGACUCUAAGCGUGAUGCCGAGUCUCUGGCACAGCGUCCCCAUUCGUCUCGCAUGUACAGCUUUGGCAGUCGUCCUGGAUCUCGUCGCAUGCCAAGUUCUUUCUCUGUUGUUCACCCAAAGUCAGAAAAGCCUAAUCCCAAUUCAGCAGCCGGCCAGGUCAAGCAGGAGUACACCAAAGGCGAUGAUGAAGUAAAGGGUCCCAAUUUCAAGUAA